AUGUACACCCACACAACAUAUCCAUACCAAUUUAUGUAUCCCCAAGCUCCGGUGUUUACACAGUCUAUGGUUCAAACUAUGACUCCAAUCACUCCUGUUUCUCUUGAGCCACCUCCAACAUUGAGUUUAAAUAUCCCAAAGUUCGAGUAUACAACCGAUAAAAUACCUUUCAUCCCAUUUGAUAGACAUAAAAAUGAUUACAACUUCGAGACUCCUCUCGAAGCUAUGACCUUCAUUGCAAAACAUUGCAUGAAAUAUCAUCAAGUUUUCAAUCGCAAUUUAGCAAAGGUUUAUUCAAAACACGUUAGGGUAUUAUCAAUUCAAGAUUUAUCAUAUAUACAGUUCUCUGCGAUUGAUAAGAAGAUAUUUAAUGCAAUAUUUACAAAGGUACAUCGUAGAAACAACUGA